AUUUCCAAGCCAGCAGUAUUGCCUUGCUAGCUAUCAACCUUGCUGGGAUCUACUUUGAUUUGGAGCAUUUUGCCAAUACUUGGGAAGUCAUGGAAGUCCAGCAAGUUCUUCACAUGAAUUGGGGGAAUGGAGAAACUAGCUAUGCUACUAACUCCAAACUUCAAGAACUAGUGAUAAACAAGGCAAAGCCAGUGGUGAUUGGGAGCAUUUCAGAUUUGUAUACCACCAAUUUACCUCGAUGUUUAAGGGUUGCAGAUUUGGGCUGUUCUUCAGGGCCCAACACCCUACUGGUGAUCUCAGAGAUCAUUGAUGCUAUUGAUGAAACAUGUCAUCAGUUGAAGCUUACUACGCCUGAAUUCCAAGUGUUCCUCAAUGAUCUUCCAUCUAAUGACUUCAACACCAUUUUCAAGACCUUGCCUGCCUUCUAUGAUCAACUAAAGAAGGAGAAGGGUGAUAAGUUUGGGCCAUGUUCCAUCACUGGAUUACCUGGUUCUUUCUAUGACAGGCUUUUUCCAACCAGUACUAUAGACUUCCUUCAUUCCUCUUACAGCCUUCAUUGGCUCUCUCAGGUUCCUCCCACAGUUGAAAGUAGUAACAAGGGGAAUAUUUACUUGGCAAGCACAAGUCCUCCUAGUGUGACCAAAGCUUACUUGGAGCAAUUUCAAAAGGAUUUCUUUUUAUUUCUUGGCUUGCGUUCCAAAGAAAUAACACGGGGAGGGCGAAUGGUUAUAACAAUGUUAGGGAGGAGAAGUGAAGAACCCUUUGGUAAAGAGGCUUACUUUUGGGAGCUCUUGUCUCACUCACUUAAUGACUUGGUCUUAGAGGGUCUCAUCGAAGAAGCUAAAGUGGAUUCAUUCAAUUUGCCAUUCUAUAUGCCUUCUCAUAAAGAGUUAGAGGCUGUAGUUUGUGAAGAAGGAUCGUUUUAUCUUGAUCAGCUACAGAUCUUUGAUGUCAAUUGGGAUGGGAGUGAUGAUGAUGAUGACAACAACAAAGCUGGGUUCAUGUUUGAUAGAUUUAUAAGUGGACAGAAAAUGGCAAAAUGUGUAAGAGCAGUGGCAGAACCCAUGAUCGCUUGUCACUUUGGGGAGACUGUAAUUGAUAUUUUGUUCAAUAGGUACAUGGAGUAUGUGAGUGACCACCUCUCAAAGGAGGAGGGUAAGUUUGUUAAUUUUGUCAUUUCCUUGAAAGGGAAAUGAAUGAAGAGGGUAAUAAUGUUAAUUCUUAGUAAUUUCCAUCUAAAAUAAGUAGUAA